AUGCGUGGCAUCGCUGCCGCGUUCGAGGAGGCGGCCGCUUUCCCGUCCCAGGAGGGCACCGCCGCUGUUGCCUCUCCAGCCAAGCCCGCGCACGGCAAGGGCAAGUCCGCUCCUCAGGAAGACUGUUCCGAGCCGUAUAUCAAGCAAGCAUGCCUCCAGGUGUUCGAGUCAUGCAAAGCUGCCCGCGCCGCCGAGAUCGCCGCCGAGAUCGCCCAGGACGCCGCUGACUCCGUGGGCGAGUUGCUGGCGAUUGUCGGCGCGCCGCGCUCGGAGCGGCCCGCCGUUCCCCCGCCCGUCCCGUCGGGCUUCGAUCGCGACGCAGACUCGAAAAUCGUGCUGGCCAUCGCCCAGCGCCCCACCUCCCUCGCGGAGGUCAAGACCUCGCCGCAGCAGUUCGUGCCCGACUCAAACUUCCAGGCGGAUGAGUUCGAGAUCCGAGCGCUGGGCCCUGUCCCGUCGAAGCGGCUGGCGGUUCAGUUCCUCGGGCUCGCCGCGCCCGCCGCGCGGAGGGCCGCCAAGUUGUUGGGCUGCCUCAAGAAGCGCGAUGGCACUUGGCAUGAGUUCUCUGUCUCUUGUGGCACGAAUUCCCAGUGCCGCUUGCGCCUGUGCCCUGGCGAGAGCCCGAGCAGAUUCCUCUGGGGGUCACCUCGCGUCGUGUCCGCCAAGCGCUGGCGGCCUCUUGCCCUCGCUCCAGGAUCUUCAUGGACAAGGGGCGCGGCGCCCCCUUCGGUCGAGCGGCCCCGCGUCGCCCGCGUCUCCGUCUCCCCUGGCAGCGAGGCGCCGCAGAUCCACUUGGGGCCCUCCAACCUGGCCAAGACCGGCUGGGACAAGCAGCGCUGCCUCGACGUUCGCGUCUCGGAACUGUCGAGCCUUGCUUCAGGCUGCGGGGGCGAGGGCCGGCUUGAAGAGGCUGAGCUGGUUCCUGGCAGAGGGUUGCGUGUUUCCGUUUUGCGUGGCGACGCUUCCCUCGCGGCCUACAAUGUGCGCAACCGUGGCCUGACUUGCGAGGAGGUCCGAUCCGUCGCGUCCGAAAUCUUCACCUUGUUGAGCUACGCGGCGGAGGGGCCCAAUGCGCGUUUCGUCUUGGUCAACGGCGACUUCAACUCGGACGCCGACUCCCUGCCGCUGAGUGCGCCGGUGGCGGCGCUCGAGCCGUCUGGGUGUCAACGUCAUGCCCGUGCCCCUCUCGGGCGCGCGGCGUUGGCCCGCGUGCUCGAGCUGGAGGGGCAGGGGCCGACGCGCUACGUCCGCGGCCAGGACUCAGAGGCGAUCGUCGACAGGGAGUUCGUCCCCACGCCCAGCUGGCAAGCCUGCCAGCACUUCAUCUUGUCCUCGGUGCGUGCCGCCGCGGACGUUGCCGACAGAGAGAUCUCUGAUCGCGCAGCGGCCUUCCCCUCCCUGAACCAGGACUCCCUGCUGUGCCUCCUGGGCUCUUUGGGCCUCUCGUUGCCUUGUCUGGAUUUUGUUCGGUUCCUCUAUGCCCCCAUCGAGGGCAUCGCUCAGGUGACAGGGUUGUUCCAGCGCAUGUACUGGCUCCUUAGUUGCAUCAUGCAGGGGCGCGGGCUCUCUGGGGCCCUCUUCGCCCUGGGUUCUUUGGUCUUCUUGGAGGAUCUGCAGGCCUCGAUCGAGGGUCCUCAGCUGGGUCUCGCGCGGGCCUGUGCGGACGGCGUCGGUGGUCCGUGGCUCUCCUCCCGCGGGCAGUGGCGGCCGCUCGCGCUGAGAUUGCGGAGGCUGCCGCUCAUCGCCCUCGCUCCCAACGCGCUGCUCACCGUGCGUUGCAGGAACUUGCUCUACGCGACGCACCUCUGGAGCGGCUUCUCGCUCCUCGGCUGGGCAAGCUUCUUGGCCAGCGACGCUCUGCCGCCGCCGCCGUCGACUGGGCCCAGGGCGUGCCCCCGCUCGGCGACCCGCUCGCCUCGCCUCGCGCCGCUGGUCUCCGAGUCCGCGCCAUCGACUCCGUCGACCCUGAUUGCCGCGCCGCCCCUGCCCCCCGCGUCCGUCCUCGCCGUUUGCCGCGCCCUCUUGAGUGGCGUGCGCUCCGUGGGUGUCCUUGUCGUGCGGAUCAGGACGCAGGAGGGCUGGCGUUGUGGUGGGGUAGAUGCGCAGCCCGCGUUGCGAAGCAACUACCACAUGAAUGGCCACAAAGUGUUCUUCAUUGGCACCCGAGCCUUCACGCUUCCCAGACUGGACAGCGUCAUCAUGGAGGAGCUGGCGCCGCCCGAGCUGGCCGCCGCCCUGGCCGCCGAGCGUGCCCGGCGCGCCGCCCCCGGCCAGAGCGCUGCACCCGCGCGGGAAGCCCGCUGCGCCUCUGGCGGUCCCGGCCGCGGCCGCGCCCUGCCGGACGGCCGUGGAGGCGGCCGUGCCACAGGUGGCCCAGGCAGGCUCUGCGGCGAGGUGCGCAUCCUGCGGCGGGGAGAGGCCAUCGACGCGCCCAGAGAGGUCGCGCGGCCCAUCGGCGCCGCGGCGGAAGGCUGCGGCGAUGGCACGGCGCGCGCGACGGUCCUCGAGGCCUCCUGCGUAGACUCGCAGGACGAGUUCCCCAGCGUGGAGGUCGGGGCGGCCGCGCCCAAGCGGGCGCGCUCGCUGCCGCCCCCCGGCAGGAUCCCCCAGAGGCAGCGCAGGGCCAGGUCCGCGGCGGUCGCUCCGCCUCAGGGCGCCGCCGGCCACAGCGCCCCGGAUGAGGCCGCUCCCGCGGAGGUCGCCGCCGGGGGCCCCGGGGCGCGGGAGGAGGGCGGCUCCGACGCCGCCGCGGACGGCGGCGCCGAUCGCGCGGAGCGAGCAGGUGGAGAGGCCCCUGCCGAGGGAGGGCGCAGCAGCGACGAGUGCAAGCUCGACGGCGCUGGCGCCGCCGCUGGCGACGGCGCCGAUGGCGCGGCGCCAGGGGAUCGAGAGGUCCCUGUGGGGGGAGAGCACAACAGCGACGAGAGCGAGCUGGACGGCUACGACGCCCUGCUGGUCGGCCUCCGGCGGCAGCUGCGCGCCACGCUGGGAGAGCAGCUGGAGGGGCGGCUCUCCGACUCGCAGGUGCUCAGCAGGGCCUCCACGGUCGACGCCUGCGGCGCCGCGGGGGCUGGCGGCGUGUCGCGGGAGGACAGGGAGCGUGCGCUGGAGCUGCUCGAGGCUGGCGGCGGCAAGCGGCGCUCCAGCAGGCGCGCGGCCAAGAGCAGGCAGAAGUCCGACCGGAAGUUGGAGCGGGAGUACAUAAGGACCGAGAUGAAGAACGCAUACAGCGCCACCGUGGACCAGGGCGUGCGCUACUACAACAGCGUGGCGAUCCCGGUGGCCAAGGGGGAGAAGUGCGUGGAUCCGCAGGUCAUCGAGAGUCUCGCCAAGCUCCAGGAGCGCCGCGAGCGGGGCCUGGAGCCCCCCGAGCCGCUCAGGCCGACCAAGGCGGAGCGCCACAUGGCGCGGCGGGUCGCGUGACGCGGCGCCGCGGCGCCGCGCAGGACCCCCUGCUCGCUCACGAGCCGUCGCGCGCUGCCCAGAA